AUGGAACAGCUACAACACCUACGGCUGCAACCCCGCGAGAGCGUCAUCAGGACCAACGCCCAGGCUCUCGUGGAUCUGGGUCUCGCCGACUUGGGCUACUCCUCGGUAACGGUGGACUGCGGGUGGCCUGCUAAAAACCGCGACGCCCAGGGGAGGCUGCAGUGGAAUCCGACCUUGUUCCCGUCGGGACCUGUCGCGCUUGGAGAGUUCAUUCAUGGUCUCGGUCUCAAGUUUGGUCUUUACUCUGGGGCUGGUUAUCUUCAAUGCGGAUCGACCGACCUUCCAGCAUCUCUAGGCUAUGAAGAGAUUGAUGCGCAGUCCUUUGCGGACUGGGGCGGUGAUUCACUAAAGUAUGACAACUGCUACUCUACAUCCUCGACUACCAUGGUGGACUCGGAUUCGGAAGAGUCGCAGAGUUCUCACCGAUUCGAGAAGAUGGCAGCCAUGCUUAAAAACACGGGGCGCGACAUCGCAUACUGGAUUUGUCAAUGGGGCAUCGGGAAGAACGUCCCGCAGUGGGCAGCUCCGAUCGGGCAGACGUGGAGGAUGAGCAACGACAUUUACGAUAGCUGGCGGAGUAUCUGGCGCAUCGUCAACCAGGCUAUCCCCCACGCCCGCUACUCGCGCCCAGGCGCGUUUGCGGAUCUUGACAUGCUCCUUGUCGGCCUCGGUGGCCUCUCCCACGAGGAGGAGCGUUUCCACUUUGGCCUCUGGGCGCUGCUCAAGUCGCCUCUACUCAUCGGGGCGGACCUCGCCGACGACGUGACGCCAACCGAGUCCAUCGAGAUUCUAGCCAACAAGGAAAUCAUCGCCAUCAACCAAGACCCCCUCGGCAAGGCCGCCGAGCUCGUGCUUCGAAACACCGAAGAAGAAUGGGACCUAUGGGCGGGGAUCUUUCGCAGGGACGCAGGGUCGUCGGUCUUGCCAACUGGCGAAAUGCAACGCAAGCGGUAA